AUGUGGCAGAAAUUAGUUGUAGAGCAUAAACUAUCUGUUAGCAAGGACUUUGUCCGGAAUGCAUUAAGGAUAAUGGACCCUGAAGGAGUAGACAGGCGCUUAAAGCAUAGACUCCAAAGGCGACGAUAUCAUGCAAAAGGCCCAAACUUCAUUUGGCACCUUGACGGUUAUAACAAACUAAAACCCUAUGGGUUUUGCAUUUAUGGUUGUAUUGACGGUUAUUCGAGAAACAUUAUGAGGCUCGAGGUUGGACGUACAAAUAAUCAUCCAGGUGUCAUAGCAAGCUAUUUUCUGGACUGUUUGCAAAAUAUUGGAUGCACCGCUUCUGUGAUUCGUGCAGAUAUGGGUACAGAAAAUGUUAGAAUUGCUGCCAUUCAACGUUAUCUACGACUUGAAGCCGACGACAGUUCGUCAGGGGAAAAGAGCUUUCUUUAUGGGAGAUCAGUGACCAAUCAGAGAAUAGAGGCAUGGUGGGGGCAACUGCGGCGAGGUGCCUCUAAUUGGUGGUAAUUAACACAUUUUAAGGAUUUGAGGGAUAGAGGACUUUACUGUGAUGCCAAUGAUGUUCAUGUGGAAUGUCUACUGUUUUGUUACAUGGCAGUUAUCCAUGAGGAACUCCAAAAAGUAGCACGACUGUGGAAUCUUCAUCGUAUUCGCCCCUCAACAAGGAACAACAGUUCUCCACAUGGUCGGCUCUAUCUUUUAUAUCAUUAUCCUGAAAUAACAGGGGCUGUAGAUUGCAAGCAUGAUGUCGACAAUGAUGAGUUAGAUGUUGCUAGAGAGAUGUAUUGUGAUGACCUUCCCAUGUGUUCUUCACCUGAAUUUAAUGAAUUAGCUGAACUUAUCAUGACAGAAGGUCUAAGAAUGCCAGAAAAUGGCAAUGAUGCACGCACUCUUUAUUUGACUCUUCAACGAGACAGAGAAAUUGAUGUAGCUUCGCAAAUCCACAGAUUGAACACAGUCAACCAGAAGACAAUGCAUUACGCCUUGUUCUCAAACUCAACAAUAAUUCAUGACUUUAUGGUCCAAUGA